UAUUAGAGCAAAUAUUUCGCCACAGGAGCGCUCCCUGUCAGUCGUUUACCGACCUUUCCCAAUUAUAGCAAACAGGUAAUGCACAGUUGCUGAACACGGGCUCUGAAUUGUACAGGGAAAGGCAAACCCGCCAUGUCGGAAAAUAAGAAACCCGAAGAGUUGAAGUCAAAAGUGAGCGAUCUGCAGGAUUCAGUUGACAGGCUAGAGAGUCAGCUUGACACUUAUCUGCGAGGGCAAACACCACAGCCUCAGAAUGUCGUUUUCAUAGAUGGGAAGAAAAGGAAACAUGAGCAGGCUGCUUCAAUAAUUGAAGAAGACAGAAAGCUAGACUUCACUAAAGAUGAAAACGAAGAACGUGGAAACUGGUCAGGGAAAGCCGACUUUCUUUUGGCCUGUCUAGGCUAUGCUGUUGGUUUGGGGAACGUCUGGCGGUUCCCAUACCUUUGCUAUAGAAAUGGAGGAGCUGUGUUCUUCAUCCCCUACUGCAUCAUGUUAUUUUUGGUGGGUAUGCCAAUAUUUUUUCUGGAGUUAUCACUUGGUCAGUUCACAAGCAGCGGACCCCUAACGUGUUGGAAGUUUGCACCAAUGUUUACAGGUCUUGGUGUUGGGAUGGUGAUCGUGUCGGCGUUGGUUGCUAUAUAUUACAACAUGAUCAUCGCCUGGUCGCUGUAUUAUCUGUUUGCGUCUAUCAUCUCUAUCCCGACCGGGACGCUGCCCUGGGCCGGCGCCGGUGGAUGUGGGAACUGGUGGAACUCGGAUUUUUGUGCGGAAACCUUGACGAACCUCACUUCCCACAAUUGUUCAGCAAUGUCACUUACUGAAAGUGCUAAUGGCGUCUGUUAUAAUGGGUCGGUUGUUGCUGGUAUCUGGAAUUACACAAGAGCCAAGGAAAAUAAUAUCAGUCCUCGACCAGCAGCAGAAGAAUACUUAUAUGGUCGCGUGUGGCGGCUAUACCAGAGCACUGGUCUGGAUAACUUAGGAGAGCUGCACUGGGACCUGGCUGUAUCGCUCCUGGGAGCCUGGGUUAUAGUGGCUCUCAGUUUGAUCAAGGGGAUAAAGUCAUCAGGAAAAGUUGUCUAUUUCACCGCACUUUUUCCAUAUGUCGUCUUGGUCAUUCUGUUUGUCCGCGGACUUCUCCUUGAUGGUCACAGAGAAGGGAUUGAGUUUUACAUCAUGCAGGCGAACCUUACCAAGUUGACUGAAGCAGCUGUCUGGAAAGAUGCGGCUGUUCAGAUCUUCUUCUCACUGUCUGCCUCAUGGGGUGGACUGAUUACCCUCUCUAGCUAUAAUCGCUUCCAUAAUAACUGUCUGAGAGACUCUUUGAUUGUUUCCAUCGGCAACUGUCUAACGAGUUUCUUUGCCGGCUUUGUCAUCUUCUCCUACCUUGGUUUCCUGGCACGCGAGCUAAAUUUGCCAGUUUCGGAGGUUGCUGACGGAGGUAUCGGACUGGCAUUUGUGGUAUAUCCACGAGCCGUUGCAACAAUCGGCGCAUCCCACUUUUGGUCCAUCAUCUUCUUCAUCAUGUUGAUUACACUUGGCUUGGACAGCGAGUUUGCCUUAGUUGAAACCGUCACCACUUCUAUCAUGGACGUAUGGACCAGUACUAGGAAGCACAAAUGGGCCGUGGUCACGUGCGUUAGCAUCAUCUUGUACCUGCUUGGCCUCGUUAUGUGCACGUCUGGUGGAGCCUACUUACUACAGCUGGCGGAUGAAUAUUCUGGGGGCUGGAACGUUCUUUUGAUUGCUUUCUCGGAGUGCAUAGCCAUUGGCCUCGUAUACGGCGUAAAGCGGUUCAGAGACGACAUUUACGUGAUGGUUGGAGAGAUGCCUUGCUUCCCUUGGAUGUGUUCCUGGUGGUGGUGGGCUGUCAACUGGUGUUUCUUCACUCCACUCCUUGUGGCUUUUAUUAUGAUCUUCUCCUGGAUCAACUACAAGCCACUGUCAUUUGGAACUUACGAGUAUCCAGUGUGGGGUCUUGCACUCGGCUGGCUGAUGACCAUGGCGGUGGUGGUAGGCAUCUUCAUCCCGUACAUCUACCUGCUCAUAGUGACACCUGGCGGCCUGUGGACUCGUAUUGUAACCCUCGCCUCCCCGACAGUAGAAUGGGGCCCUGCUCUACCUAAACACCGGCGCCUGGCAGCCAGGUUCCACCGUGCAAUGAUUAUUGAUCCAUGGGAUACUGGUGUAAUGGGGAACGGUCUGGAAGUGAAAGUGGAUCCUGGUCCAGGUGUUCCAAACCCAGCUUACGAAGAUGACAGGCUAUGAAUCUCGUGCAACGAACUA